AUGGCCGCUGAUGGAGUAUGCGGGGAAUCGGCGGAUCAGUACCGGGCCGAGUUGGAGCGGCUCACCCAGGAACUGGCCGAGGCGAACCGGGAGAAGAUCCGGGCUGCGGAGUGCGGUCUUGUUGUUCUGGAGGAGAACCAGGCGCUGAAGCAGAAGUAUGCAGACCUGGAGAUCGAGCAGGAGACUCUCAGGAAGGAGUUGGAGCAACUGCAGGAGGCGUUCGGCCAGGCUUACACCAACCAGCGUAAGGUGGCAGAGGAUGGGGAGACUAACGAGGAGACGCUGCUGCAGGAGUCAGCCUCUAAGGAGGCCUACUACAUGGGCCGUCUGUUGGUGCUGCAGACGGAGGUGACGCUGAGCCGUUCUGUGGCGUCCAACGCCCAGGCCGAGAACGAGAGGCUCAACGCACUUGUGCAGGAGCUACGGGAGAGUAAUGAGAUGCUGGAGCUACAGAGGAGCCGGAUGAGGGAAGAGGUCAAGGAGUAUAAGUUCAGGGAGACCAGGCUGCUUCAGGAUUACACCGAGCUGGAGGAGGAGAACAUCACGCUGCAGAAACUGGUGUCUACGCUCAAGCAGAGCCAGGUGGAGUAUGAGGGACUAAAACAUGAAAUCAAAGUACUGGAGGAGGAGACUGUUCUCCUAAACAGUCAGCUGGAAGAUGCAUUACGUCUGAAGGACAUUUCGGAGGGUCAGCUGGAGGAGGCCUUGGACGCCCUCAAGAGUGAGCGCGAGCAGAAGAACAAUCUGAGAAAGGAACUGGCCCACCACAUCAGCCUGAGUGACAGUGUGUACGGAGCAGGGGCCCAUCUGGCGCUCACCGUCACCGGUGUAGAGGGUCUGAAGUUCCCUGAGGAGACCAUCGGAACCAACGGCAGCUCCAUCCCUGCUGCUAACGGCAACAACGAAGACAGCAACCGCCGCAACUGCCUCGUUCACACAGGCACCGGAUUGGCUAAGAUGAACGGGGACUACCGGCCAGGCCGGAAAGGAGAAGGCCUGCACCCGGUGCCGGACCUGUUCAGUGAGCUCAACCUGUCCGAGAUGCAGAAGCUCAAACAGCAGCUGCUGCAGGUGGAGCGGGAGAAGUCGGCUCUUCUCAUGAACCUGCAGGAGUCCCAGACCCAGCUGCAGCACACACAGGGCGCCCUGACCGAGCAGAACGAGCGCGUCCAUCGUCUCAUGGAGCGCGUCAGCGGCAUGAAAUGUCUCAACGGAGACAAAGAGCUUGAUGAACCCCAGGAGGGUGAGAAACCUGACGGGGGCUCCUCAUCGCCACCAGCCAAUGGUCACCAUGACCUCGACAUCCAUGGGUUCGAGAUCCUGGAGUGUAAGUACAAGGUGGCGGUGACGGAGGUGAUCGACCUCAAAGCAGAACUGAAGGUCCUGAAGGAGAAGUACAACCAGGCUGUGGAGGGGCAGGGGGACAGCCACAGCGACGACAGGGUCCCGGCACUGACUGAACAGGUAACUCAUUUGGAGCGUAGUUAUCGGGAGAGUCGGGAGAGGGUGGCGAGCCUGGAGGCAGAGCUCCGAGCCUCGGCGAGCACGGCCACGGAGAGCCAGGGCAUGCUGAACGCAGCGCAGGAUGAGCUGGUAACCUUCAGCGAAGAACUGGCACAGCUCUACCACCACGUCUGCCUGUGCAACAACGAGACACCCAACCGCGUCAUGCUGGACUACUACCGCCAGAGCCGCGUCACGCGUAGCGGCAGCCUGAAGGGCUCGGACGACCACCGGGCUUUGCUCUCGCCUCGCUUGGCGCGACGCCUCGCUGCGGCGUCUGCAGCCUGCUCCUCCGAGCCCCCGCGCACUCCCGUGGACUCCCCGUCCAAAGACGGCCACCUCAACGAGACGCCAGCCAACACGGUGGACUCCUGUCAUAGCAGCCCCACCCGCAACCCUACAGGGUCCCCAGUCAUCAGCAUCUCUCCUUGCCCGUCUCCAGUGCCCUCCGAGGCAGGUGGGGACCUGCGGAAGGAGCCCAUGAAUAUCUACAACCUGAACGCCAUCAUCAGAGACCAGAUCAAACACCUGCAGAGGGCUGUGGACCGCUCGCUGCAGCUGUCCAGGCAGAGGGCUGCAGCCAGGGAGCUGGCGCCGAUGCUUGACAAGGACAAGGAGUUGUGCAUGGAGGAGAUACUCAAAUUGAAGUCCCUGCUCAGUACCAAGAGAGAGCAGAUAGCCACGCUCAGGCUGGUGCUGAAGGCCAAUAAACAGACAGCGGAGGGGGCACUGGCGAAUUUGAAGAGCAAGUACGAGAAUGAAAAGGCGAUGGUGACAGAGACCAUGAUGAAGCUGAGGAACGAGCUCAAGGCUCUGAAAGAAGAUGCCGCCACUUUCUCGUCUCUCAGGGCCAUGUUUGCCACAAGAUGUGAUGAGUAUGUUACCCAGCUGGAUGAGAUGCAGAGGCAGCUGGCAGCAGCAGAGGAUGAGAAAAAGACGUUGAACUCCCUCCUCCGUAUGGCCAUCCAGCAGAAACUGGCCCUGACCCAACGGCUGGAGGAUCUGGAGUUUGACCACGAGCAGACUCAUCGCGGCCGCGGCGCUAAAGUGCCCAAGAUAAAAAGCAGCCCGCCCAAAUUUCUUGUAGAUUGUCAGCAGCCUGCUGCCUCAAUAUCGUCACUCUCCCCACAACUAAGGCGAGGGAGAGCCUCCCUAGCCCGCAGUCCUAAAUUGUUGGCAGACCUCCAGAAACACCAUGCGGUCCUGUCCAGCAGCAGUAGCCUUCUCUCCCCCUGCGACCCUCGUAACUGUCUGGCCCAUCAACCCCCGCUCCCCGGCACCUAACCCCCACCGCUCCAUCCCAGGCUCUGGCCUCGGCCCGGUAGGAGUCAUGCAGAGACAGAGAGACACUUUGGAUUGGGGUUCCCUCAGUUUUACUACCCCCCCCCAACCUAGC